AUUGAAUUUAAAUACAUUGUCAAAUAAAAAGACAAUUAAGUUUUUCCUCUUUUCUUUUUUUGAAUGGUUUUCCAUGCAAUGGAAAUAAUUUCGUAGAGUAUACAAAUUUUUGGUCCAACCAUCUAUAUACUUUAUUCCUUAUUAUCCAGUCGAAAAAAAUUCUGUGGCCAUCAGUCACUUGUCUUGUUUUAAUUGAUUAAUUAACAAUAUGUCACAGCGCCAAUUUUUCCUCUGUUUUUGUUCCCAUCAUCUGUAAGAAUUGUGCACCAACUUAAACUCUACCCACCAGCUUAGCUUAUCAUCAUCCUAAAGAAUUCAUUUGGUUGAGUGAGUAAUCAUGAAUGACACAGUGGACAAGUUAGUGAUCUUUCUUGCAAAGAGAGAUGGAAUUGAUAAGCUGGUAAAGACGUUUCAGUACGUUUCCAAGCUCGCCCACUGGCACCUGGAAGCCACGAAUCCUGAACUCGCCAAGAGAGCCAAGAACUGGGAAGUUGCAUCCGGGUUGAGCCGGAAGGCGUUCCGGAGCGGCCGAUUCCUCACCGGUUUCAAUGCUCUGAGGAGGAAUCCGGGUUCAACUCCGGCCCUGAGGUUCUUAGCCGUUCUGGCAAAUGCAGGGGAAAUGGUCUAUUUUUUCUUUGACCAUUUCCUCUGGGUAUCCAGAAUCGGAGUGUUGGAUGCGAAAUUCGCCCGGAGGAUGAGCUUCAUAUCCGCAUUCGGUGAGUCAUUCGGUUACGUAUUUUUCAUUGUGUCUGAUUUUAUACUCAUCAGGGAAGGCAUCAAGGCACAGAGGAAGCUGGUUUUAAUGAAGGAUAAUAAAAAGGGUAGUGAAGAUGAAGAAGAAGAAGAGAAUCCAGAGAUGGAUGUUGAAGUUGUAAAGGAGAAGUUGAAGAAUAUCAGAGUUGAUAGGGUGAUGAGAUUGAUGGCUGUAGCAGCUAAUGUUGCAGACCUUAUAAUUGCAUUGGCUGAUAUUGAACCAAAUCCUUUCUGCUGUCAUGCUGUUUCCCUUGGGAUUAGUGGUUUGGUUUCUGCUUGGGCUGGAUGGUACAGAAACUGGCCUUCUUGAUGUAUCAUUCCCAGAUAGGAGUAUUUUUUUUUUUUUUUUUUUAAUUAGAUUACUCAUAAGGACUUAUUCAGUUGAAAAACAUGCAUGAGAAAAAAGUGGUUUAUAAAUUUUCCCUUUUAUGAUUAUGUAUGCAAUUUACCAAAGCUUUGAAAGGAAAGACACGGAAAUUCGUCUUCGUCAGAGACUUUUUUUUUUUAAUCAAUUACAAGAGCGUUCCAAUUAUGCAAAGUGUUUUCUAUGUGCAAUUUGCUUUACCUAGGUAUAUCUCAGUCCAAAAUUUUAGCAUUCUCUACACUAUAAGUAUGACUUGCAAAUAAGUUACCAAAAUACAAUUGAUGUCAGUGUAUCACUAGAAGUCUGUCUUUAAUUUAGUACUAUUUUAAAGGGGAUAGAAUCGUAUUUAUGGCGUCGAAUCCCGCAAGGGAGGAAGGCCCUGAGUUUGGUGACUUUUGGUCUAGCGUCACUCGUGUUUUGUUUGGUGUAUUUGGCCCAAAACAAGUUUCCAAUUGAAUUUUGAAAGGUAGAGUGGAAUGGUUGAGGAUAUAUCAGAUUUUUUUUUUAUUUAUUCUUUUAUUUUUCGACCCUGUAUUUGAAAUCAUUACUCCGACUAAUCCGGAUUCAAGUCAGGUAGGUCCACCGUCUAUAUAUCAGAAUUUUUAAUGGCAUAUUAUAUUUUGAGAUGUCACUUUAUAUUCCUACUACUAUAUACAGCCUCCGGUCCUUAAUAUAAUGCAUUUUGAUUUGUCAUAAAUUUCACACAGUACACAUUUUUAAUUGACG